AUGGAACACACAGAAGAAUCUAAUGAUUUAAAUGAUAGAGAAAAACAAUUUACGGAUUGUGUGACUGAUUUAACCGAGGGUUCUGAAAACCAUUCUCUAAUAAAUGAAGCAAAUGAUGAUCCUUAUGCAUAUGUUACCAGAAAUGAUUUUACAUCAGAAAAGUUCAAAGUUGAAAUUAAAAAUCUUCCAAAAUAUUUUGGAGAAUUAAAAAAAUUAUUAAAUGUAAAGCUAAAAUUGAAUCCUUCAAAAAUCAAGUUGCCACAAAACACUCAGAGAAGAUCUUGGGUUUAUGUUUGUUUUAAAUCUGAAGAAGAAAAAUUACAUGCUUUAAAAACAUUAAAUAAUUAUAAAUGGAAAGGUUUAAAUUUAAAAGCAGGAGAAGCAAAACCUGUGCCUGAUCCACUUGUAAAAAAAAGAAAUCUUGCUUGCACAGAUGAAGACGAUAAAAGUAAAAAACCGAAACUAGACAAUAAUGAAUUGUUUUUAAAAGUUGAAGAUGCUACAACUCCAUAUUGGCAAAUCCCUUAUGAAAAGCAGCUAGAAAAAAAAACGCAUCUUAUCGAAGAAUUAUUAAAACAAUAUGGAAAUAAAUUAGUGAAAGUAAAUCCAAAAGUUUUAAACUGGUGGCUAUUGCAAAAGGCAAAAUAUAAUGGUUUACCAUGUGAAUUAUUUCCAAUUAAAUAUUCUGAUGUAAUUAAUGGCUACAGAAAUAAAUGUGAAUUUUCAAUAGGAAUAAAUAAAGAAAAUGGAGAAAAAACGGUUGGAUUUCGUCUUGGAAGUUAUGCUCAAGGCUCGACUAGUGUUGCACCAGUUGAUAAUGUUCCUAAUGUACCACAACAGAUGAAAGAUGCUGCUAAAAUUUUUCAGAAAUUUGUUCAGAAUUCUGAAUAUGAUGUUUUCAAUUAUGAAUUAAAUCAAGGACAUUGGAAACAGCUUACUGUUCGAUAUGGGUUUAGGACAAAAGAAUUGAUGAUAAUUAUUGGAAUCGUUCCACAAGAAUUGACUCAGGCUGAUUUAAGUCUCAUUAAAAAUAAUAUAUUGAAUUAUUUUGUCGAAGGGGAGGGAAAGUUGUGCCAAGUUAAAUCAUUGUAUUUACAAUUAAUGAAAAAGAAAAGGACACAAAAUGAUGAAGUUUUAUACGAACAUCUAUUCGGAGAAACUUACAUAACAGAAAAAAUUUUAGGAAAAACUUUUAGAAUUUCUCCUCAAGCUUUUUUUCAGAUAAAUACUAAUGUAGCUGAAAUAUUAUAUGACUCUAUAGCUGAACUUUCUGAAUUAUCAAAAGAUGUUACAUUAUUAGAUGUUUGCUGCGGUACCGGUUCUAUCGGUAUAUGUUUAUCCGAUAAAUGUGGAGAAGUUUUAGGUCUUGAAAUAUCAUCUGAAGCUAUAGCGGAUGCAAAAGCAAAUGCAGAAUUAAACGGUGUAAAUAAUACGCAGUUUUUCAGUGGAAAAGCAGAAGAUAUUCUCAAUUGUGUGGCUUUAAAAGCAACAAAGAAAGAAAUAAUUGCAGUUGUUGAUCCACCAAGAGCAGGCCUUCCUUUAAUACAAAUAAGGAAAAAUAAACUUAUAAAAAAGUUAAUUUACGUUUCCUGUGAUCCCAAGGCAGCCAUGAAAAAUUUUUUAGAUCUGGGUAGAGCUGCAUCUAAAAUUUACAGAGAGGAAGCUUUUUUACCAGUAAAAGCUAUUCCCGUAGAUCUUUUCCCUCAUACGAGCCAUUGUGAGCUGGUUAUAUAUUUCGAAAGAAUCGGAGAAGACGAAGUUUAA